UUCAACGGCCGCCUGGCUCACCCGAAACAGCUCAGUGUGAGUGGAGCCUCAGUGUGAGUGGCGACCAACCCGAUACACCACUCGUCUCCUCGGCGAGCGACACGCUCGGAUCGGUCCCCUCCGCCGCCGCCGCCGCCGCCGGGGGUCGCCUCAUCCUGCUCGAAUCCCCAACCGCGACCGCGCCCGGCGGAGCAGCAGGCAAUGGCAACGGAGAUGCUCCCCGUGGUGGACCUCCGCGCGCUAUCGCAGUCCGACCUGGACGCGCUUGCCGCCGCCUCCGCCCACGCCGUAGCCCCGCGGAGCUGCCCCGACGCCGACCCCCUCCCGCCCCACAAGAUCGACCGCGCCGUCUUCAAUGAGAGCGCGGGUUCCCGGAAGCAGACCUUCUCCCGCCUCCGCCUCGCCGCCGCCUCCUCCUCCUCCGCGUCCGCCCACCCCACCUCCCCUUCCUCCGCCCCGCCGUCCUCGGCGCGCAACGACCCCGAUAGCCGCCUCGUCGCCUACCACCUCCGCCUCCUCUUCGCCCCCGACGACCCUUCCCUCCCGCCACCUCCCGAGCCCCAAACCCUAGCCCUAACCGAGACAUCCCCUUCGCCGCCGCGGUCUCCGCCCCCCGACCCCGACCGGGAGACCACGAACUCCAAGGGGAUCUCUGUUGACCUGGUGAGGCUUGCGGGGAUGGUGGACCCGUACGACGCGGAGUUGCGGAGGCGUACGGCCGGGAUGGUCUCGGAGACUGAGCUGUUUGGGUUCAUCGCUAGCGUGGCGGGGCAGUGGGUGAGUCAGAGGCGGCGGAGGAAGUUUGUGGAUGCGUCGUUCUUUGGGGAUCACCUGCCCCGCUGCUGGAAGCUGCAGCUUGGGCUCAAGCGGAAGGAGCGCACCGCCUGGGUGCACUGCUUCAGCUACGUGAGCCCCAAGGGAAAUCAGUUUUCUACUUGCAAGGAAGUUUCUGCAUACCUUAUGUCACUUCUUGGGUAUCCAGAAGCCAAAACAGUCACUAUUCAGUAUGACAGCACAUCAGAGCAUCACUUAUGUGCUAAUGCUGGUGAUGAUAAUGCUUUAGGUUCUCAACAUCAAAUUGGUUCAAGUGUAGACAACCCAAAUGUCGUGCCAGUUGCCUCUGAUACUUUUUCCAGCUAUGCCAGUGAUUCGCAGGAUAAGAAUGUGAAGAAUGUAGACAUAUUAAAUGCUUAUGAAUGCCGGAAAUGCAAUUUAACCUUUUGUGAUCGGAGUGCCUAUGCACAGCACCAUUUGUCAUCUCAUGAAAUGAGUGCUAAGAGGCGCAAGACUGGCAAAUUUGGUGAACCAGUAGUAGGCAAGGAUGGGAAAUUUGAAUGCCCUAUUUGCCAUAAGAACUUUGCAGAGGAAUCACGGUACUUUGGCCAUGUUGGAGCCCAUGCAAGGUAUCAAGAGUUAACUCCCGAGGCACUCUUAGAUAAGGCUUGUUCAGGAAAAGUAGUUAGUGAUUCCUUGGCAGAAAUUUCAUUUAGCCUUCAGGAGUUGACCGAAUCACCUGGACAGAACAACAAGAUUUCUGCUGGCGAGGCAGGCUUUCAGCACCACAAUCGUUCAAAUGAACAUGGGUGCAAUAACUCUGAAGUUACCGAGCUUUUUAGUGCAAAUUGUUCAGAUAAUUUCAUUAGGCCAAUUGAAGCUUGGCGUAGGCCUGAAGAGAUUCAUCUCAUUACAGAUGCUCCAAGUGUAUGUGGAUAUACAAAUGAUAUACUGGUUCGCUGUGAUGUAACAGUUCCAAAAACAGCCUCUAACUCCAACGAUCAACCUGAUGGCAGCAUUAAUGGCUUUGCUGAAGUGACUGUGUUUAAUGAUCAGGUGGGAAGUGACCAUGUUUUCAGACCUACUACCCUUCGGAACGCCAAUCAUUAUGAGAACCAAAUUAUUGAUCAUGGAAUGACUGCUCCAAAGCAAAUCAGUAACACUGUGAAAGCAAGGGAUGUCAAUCUCAAUUCAAGCCUAGACACAAUAUCCUUCCCUAUUGCUAGUGCAAAUAAUGAAACAUCAGCUGCUCAUAACGAAGCUAAUCGGUCAUCCUUCUCUGCAAAAUGCAUUACUGGCAGCUUUAAUAAUAAUGAUGGUUCAUCUAGUGUUUCGUCCUGUUCUGGAUCAACCUAUAAAAUAUCUAGUUCCCUUGGCACAGCAAACAAAACCUCUAUUGCUUCCUCCAGAUGCUUCAGUGCAAGUUAUGGUAAUGAUAAUGGUGCUGUUGAAGCUAGCAUUUUCGGUAACAAGAACAAUGCAGUGGUAUAUCAGUCUGAUUUGGGCAAGCGACCUGUCUCUCCUGUGGCAACUAAGGCGGAUUGUUUUGUUUCCAGUUCAGUGCAAUCAAAAAAUAGCGAUAAAGAACGUGCAUCCAAUACAAAGGAACGAAUGGAUAACAUGACGAACAGAACAAGUAAUGAAGUUGGAUUCGGUGCUGAAGCUUAUAAUAAUGAUAUCUUUACCGGUGGUGUCACUGAAAGGGGUUUUGCCCAAUUCAAUAACAGCUUUACUCACAUAAAACCUAAUGCUUCUAGCCAUGGUUCACUACCUGAAUAUAACAUUAUGACAGCCAGUAACUUAAUCAAGGGAAGUGAUUUCAACUGCAUGAAGGGUUCCUCGGUUAAUAGAAGUGAUAUCAACAGCACGAAGGGUUCUUUUGUUAAUAGACCCAUCGGCAACAAUGAACCAAAUGUUCCUAUGCAUGAGGUGAUUGGAAAGUCUACUAACCAGAUGCAGAAUCUUUAUAACAAUUGUUCUUCUGGUUGUAACCCACUCGCUGCAUCUAAUACUAGUCGGAAUGUCAAUGUUCCUAUUUCUAUGCAGGCCAAUUUCGGUACCAUGUCCUCUGUGGUCCAAUCUGUUGGUGAUGUUCCAAUGAGCAGUACAACCCAAGAUCAGUGUGAUUUGCAUCUUGGAUUUGGUGCCCAUAAGCAGCAGAUAUUUUCUAGUCAAGGAGAGGUUACAUCGGCUGCAGCUGGAUCCCCUCAGCUGGGGAGCAUCGCCAAGAAUAAUUCUUUACCCACCGGAUCCUCACAGUUUGGGAGCAUGGCCAGACCUAGAUCUUUCCCAACUGGAUCCCCUCAGUUCGGGAGCUUUGCCAGGCCUAAUUUAGUUCCUGCUGCAUCCUCUCAGUUUGGGAGCAUGGCUUCACCUAAUUCUGUACCUCCUGCUGGAUCCUCUCAGUUUGGGAGCAUGGCUCGGCCUAAUUCUGUACCUCCUGCUGGAUCUUCUCAGUUUGGGAGCAUGGUUCGACCUAAUUCUGUACCUCCUGUUACAUCUUCUCAGUUUGGGUGCACGGCUCAGCCUAAUUCUAUAGCUCCUGCUGAAUCCUCACAGUUUGGGAGCAUGGCUCGACCAAGUUCUGUACCUCCUGCUAAAUCCUCUCAGUUUGGGAGCAUGGCCGGACCUAAUUCUGUAACUCCUGCUGUAUCAUCACAGUUUGGAAAAAUGCCCAGUCAAAAUUUUGUGAGCACACCUGAGCCAACUCUAGUGUUGGGGUAUGCACCACAGAUGGGAAGUGGCCCUCCAGCCCAGUUAGGAUGGGAUCUGUCCUUAUCAAGAAUGGUCAAUGGAGGCAUGUUCACAUGUGUUUGUAUAUGGUGCAACAGCCAGUUCCAUCAUUUUGGCCCCGUUGAUGGGCCACAGACUGGUUCUUUUGGCUUCAUUUGCCCCACAUGUAAAGAUAGGAUGUCUGGUCGUAAUAUGCCCAACCAUGGUUCGUGGCAGCCUUGAGGUGCAGCGGCUGGCUGUUGACCAUCUCUUACUGAAUCUGAAUAAUCUUGCUCGGGUUUUUGUUCACGUGUCUGCCGCGGGUUGAAGGUGAGUGGACUAUCAUGAACUGGUCUGUUCCAAAGGUGAGUGGACUAUCAUGGAAUGAUGGCACAUCCAGUAGACUACUUGAGAUCCAUUUAAAGAGUAAGUAAUGUAUGGUGCACUCCUGGAAGGUUGGGUCUUGAGAUAAAGAGCAUGCUGGGAGCUGGAUUGUAGUGGAGACUCGAGAGGAUAUGCAAGUUAGCUGCUGCAAGAGGCUGAAGUUUGGGUUCUUGCUGUUCUGCAAUUUCGCCAAAAAAAAAAACAAAACAAAGGGGGAACAUGAAGAAUGCAGUUAUCUUGGCUCCAAGUAUCAAGGAGGUAGUUGCACAGGUAAAGCUUUGAUUGUUAGAGAACAAGUUGGCAAGUCAUGUCAAUUCCUAGGGCAACUCGGAUUUUAUCCUGUUUGAGCUCUAGGUGCGAUGGGAAUGCUCUUUGUUAUCAGUACUAAAUCUUCUACUUCACUCCAAUGUCUUAGUGGAUCUGUGAAGUACGCCUUAGCUCAGGCAGAGCAGGCAUUCUUUCAAUUGUAGUUACUUUUCCCCAAUCCGGGGAAGCUUUGUCAAUUUUUGCCUA